AUGAAUCAGGCUCUAAAAACUUUGACAUAAUUGGUCAAAGCAAAAAGACACAUUUAGCCUCAUGAAAAAAGGAAAUUUGAGUUACUGAUUAAGAGUGGUGCUAGCUAGGCAUUUUACAAAGGCAAUUUGAUUGGCAUUAUACAUUUAUUGGCUAAUUGUCAUUUGAAGAUUAAUUUGUUAUCUGACUUUGAUUUUAGAUUAGUGGCAACUGUUUCUAUUAUUGCCAGUAAUCCAUGUAUGUUAUUUUCAAUCAAGAUUUAUAUUGUAAAAUAGAUUACCAAAUUUUAUUUGUAUAAGAAUUUAUUUAGUGCUUUUAAAAAGUAUGUUAGACAUAAGAAAGAAUACUUUCAAGGGUCUACUACUUAUUUUUAUAAAAAUAGUGUUGUCUUUUUGUUUCAAGUGGCGAUAUAAUUCUCUUAAAAUUAGAGUAAUUCUAGAUGCUAUAUUUGUACCUUCCCUACAAUCUAAUAUAUCAUCCUUUUCUACCAUUGUAAGAAGAUUGCAUAUUUUAAUCGACAUUGCCCGGGUAUGAUACCUACAAGGUACUUAGGACCUUGGCAUGGAUUGAGAUUGAUAGCCCAAGAAGAAGGAGUCAAGGGUCUGGAUAGAGGAUUCGGCUUGUAUUUUAUAGGGAGUGGUCUAUUGCAAUUAGGGAGAUUUUUGAAAUAAUUUGUUUAUAAUUUAUGGCAUAGUCAUUUGCAAUCUUAUAAAAUUCGUUCAAACAUUUUGGAGAAGGACAUUACAAAGAAUCUAUGGAGUAAUCUACAAUUUAAGUCUAGGGAAUUGCAGAAGUUUAAACAGCUUAAAGAGUAGUCUGAUCAAAAUCAAUCUAUGGUGCAAAUUAAUGAAAAUAUCAUACUUUGUGAAUACAAUAUAACUAGGGAUGCUAAUGCUUAUGAAAUCAUUGAUGAAAUUAGAAAACCCUAACUACAAAAAAGUAAUAAUUAUAGCAAGUUUAUCAUUUUAGAAAAGAAAUAAGAUGAUGAUAGUAUUUUGCAAUACAAUAAAGCAAUCAUGCUAUUCUUGAGCGGGAAGAUUAGACAGGCUCAUAACCUCUUGAAAUAGUUGAAGGACAACUAUAACCUUGACAUUUACUUAAACAUUAAAGUAAAUCUCCUUCUAGUGGAAACCUCAUUUCAAUUACAAGAAUAUGUUUAUGCAAGCGAAUUGUACAAGAAGUUAUCCUCAGAUGAAACCCUAAAAUCACUGUAACAAAAACAUCUUAAGCCCAAUCAAAUUGAUGAUUAACAAUAACAACAAUCCCAAUAAAACUAUACAUCGCUUUUAAUUGGGUCUGAUUUGCCUUAUCCAGAUUCACACCCCAAUACAUUUAGCAAGGAGGAAUUCCUUUUUCUAUUGAAUGUUAUUAAAUGUCGAUUUUAUAUUUUGUCCAACUAAAAAGAUUAGAAAAAAUAAUUAAAUCCUCUAGAAUCGUCAUUUAAAAACUAUAUGACCCAAUUAGAGUAAUCAAAUGGAAUAUCAUAAAACUCAGGGCCUUCUUUUUCAUAAGACAUACAACCUUAUUUGAAAUUGCAUGCUCAAAUGAUUUUUAAGUUAAUGAAAGCCUAAAGGAAUUUAACACUUAAUGAGUCGGUUCAUAAGUGUAUUAAGAUGAUGACUCCAUAAUCUGAAAUAUAAAACCAACAAAAUGCAGAAUUCGCUCAAUCCAAACAAUUCCUUUAUUUGGCAUAAAUUUAUAAUAAUCUUGGGUGUGUUCAUGCCAAAGUGGGCAAAUAUGCACUCGCUGCUGUUUAUUUUCAUAAAGCUAUAUCCUAAACCAAAUUAGUCUAAUAAUAGUAGAAUCUAUAUGAAGGAAUCAUUAUGAAUAAUGUGAACAAAGAUUAUGCUUUGUUUAUGGAUCAGUAAUACUAGAAGGCACUCAAUGUUUAUAAUCAACUAUAGGAUUUGUGUAAUCAGAGUGCUAAGUUUUGGUACAAUAGAGGAGUAUGUUUCAUUCAAAUUUAUCAUGAAUCUAUGCCUGACAAAAAUGAAUUAUAUGAAAUUUCAGAGGAUCAAUCUUAAUUGCAUGCUCAAGAUGAAGGCAAGAAGAUCAUUCUUCAAAGUAGAGAAAUUUACAGUGAUGCCGAUGAGGAAGUUUAAGAUUAGUUCUACAAAAUUGAUUAGAAGAAUGAAGAUAGUAAAUUUGUGCAAUCUAAGGCUAAUAAGGAGUUACUAAACAAUGCCAUAAAAUCUUUUCGUAAUGCAAUAAUCUUAUCCAAAAAAGAAAAAAGAGAGGAAACCAUUCAUCUAGAUCAAGAAUAAUUAAUAAUUUAAGGUACUUAGAUAUUUGAGUCUUCUAUUGUAUUUUUAACAUAUUCAUUACUAUGUAGAGGAGAUUAUAACUUAGCAUUAUCUCAAGGUAAGGAAGCACUAGAAUACAAUCUAUCAGAUAAUAAUAAAUACAUUAUUAUACAAUAUGUUUUGGAAGCAUACAUUUAAAUUUCAAAACUCAAGGAUGCUAUUAAUUUUAUCAACAGCAGCAGUGUCACUUAAUUUUUAAAUAGAAUUAAUAAUAAUAAUAAUAAUAGCAAUUUAUAAUUUUAAUGUAGAAACUUAGUAGGAAUUCAGACAACUUGUAUUUCAAAUUAUAACUCCAAAGCGAUUUAUCAUUUUAAUUUGUCAGCCCUUCAUCUCCAUAACAAUAAUUUGACUUAGGCUUGGAAUUCAAUUUAAACUAUGAUGAAUUGCUGUGAUAUAAAUAUUAAUGCAAUCGAUGCAGAUAUUCCAGUUCCAAUUUUAAAUUUAUUAAUAUGGUAUUACUUAAAAUCAGAUAAUGUUUAACUUGCAGUCCAUUUAAUAAAGAGAAGAAGAUUAUUAACAGGAUAGAUUGGGAAAAAUAAAAUAUCUCUGUUAAAUAUUACAAAAUGA